AUGGGUGUUCGCGACGUCAUGUUGGUGCAGCACAGAUUGAUUCCCCCCUCUACCCUCAGCUGCCGCCUCUCGUCCGCGUCUUUCCCCCACUUGCUCCCUCCCGUUGGCCCCCUUGCGCAAUUCGCCCCUCUUGUCCCUGACUCCCCCUUGUGUGCGCGCAUGUGUGCGCACCCCACCGCAGGUGGCGGAGCUGGUGCGGCUGCUGCUGAGUGCACUGCCAGUGACCGCCCGUCAGCAGCGGAGGUGCUGCGAUGCGACCUCAUGGCGCCGCGCAUGGAGGACGAGGCGCUCAACGGUGGGUGGCAGGCAGACUUUGACAUUGUGGGAGGGACGCCGGUUCUGGCGGAUGCUGAAGCCAUCAAGGCGGUGGUGGAUCGCCUGCAGGCGGUGGAGAAGCGCUUCAGUGGGCCGGCAGACGAUGCCAUGGCGCGCCUCACAGGGGCGCUGCCACCAGGCCCACUGGUGGCGGCAGCGCUGGAGGAGCUGGGAGAGCUGCUGGCGCUGCUGCGCGUGUGGGGCAUCCACCCCGCGUGCACCACCAUCGACGCCCUCAUGGCGCCCUCCCACCACUACUUCUCCAAAUGCUUCUUCCAGGUCCACGCAAGGCACCUGCCGUCUCAACCUCCCCAUCACCAGCACCAGCAGCAGCACCCCCUAAACCCUAUCAACACCCAGCGCACCACCCUGCCCUCUGAUGCUUCCUUGCCUGGCGCCCGCUCGCUCUCCGCCUCGCCCCCAUCCGCCCUGGCCGCCCCGUGGUCGUCCUCGCCGCCCCUCUGCGUGGCUGUGGGCGGCCGCUACGAUGCCCUGCUGCUCCACCUCUCCUCCGCUGCUGCCGCUGGGAGAGGAGCGUCUGCUGCUCCCUGCUGUAACCGUCAAGUGUUGUUGUGUGCCUCUUGGUUGGUCCCUUGCCUGCGUGUCUGUGUCUCUCGUGUAUGCGCAUGUCUGUGUCGGUGUCUCCUCCCUGUCAUUGCGUCUGCGUGGCCUGGCCCUCUCCUUGUUGCUUUGUGCCGUGUGCUGCAUGCCUCCUCUGCUGCUUUGUGCCGUGUGCUGCAUGCCUCCUCUGCUGCUUUGUGCCGUGUGCUGCAUGCCUCCUCUGCUGCUUUGUGCCGUGUGCUGCAUGCCUCCUCUGCUGCUUUGUGCCGUGUGCUGCAUGCCUCCUCUGCUGCUUUGUGCCGUGUGCUGCAUGCCUCCUCUGCUGCUUUGUGCCGUGUGCUGCAUGCCUCCUCUGCUGCUUUGUGCCGUGUGCUGCAUGCCUCCUCUGCUGCUUUGUGCCGUGUGCUGCAUGCCUCCUCUGCUGCUUUGUGCCGUGUGCUGCAUGCCUCCUCUGCUGCUUUGUGCCGUGUGCUGCAUGCCUCCUCUGCUGCUUUGUGCCGUGUGCUGCAUGCCUCCUCUGCUGCUUUGUGCCGUGUGCUGCAUGCCUCCUCUGCUGCUUUGUGCCGUGUGCUGCAUGCCUCCUCUGCUGCUUUGUGCCGUGUGCUGCAUGCCUCCUCUGCUGCUUUGUGCCGUGUGCUGCAUGCCUCCUCUGCUGCUUUGUGCCGUGUGCUGCAUGCCUCCUCUGCUGCUUUGUGCCGUGUGCUGCAUGCCUCCUCUGCUGCUUUGUGCCGUGUGCUGCAUGCCUCCUCUGCUGCUUUGUGCCGUGUGCUGCAUGCCUCCUCUGCUGCUUUGUGCCGUGUGCUGCAUGCCUCCUCUGCUGCUUUGUGCCGUGUGCUGCAUGCCUCCUCUGCUGCUUUGUGCCGUGUGCUGCAUGCCUCCUCUGCUGCUUUGUGCCGUGUGCUGCAUGCCUCCUCUGCUGCUUUGUGCCGUGUGCUGCAUGCCUCCUCUGCUGCUUUGUGCCGUGUGCUGCAUGCCUCCUCUGCUGCUUUGUGCCGUGUGCUGCAUGCCUCCUCUGAUGCUUUGUGCCGUGUGCUGCAUGCCUCCUCUGCUGCUUUGUGCCGUGUGCUGCAUGCCUCCUCUGCUGCUUUGUGCCGUGUGCUGCAUGCCUCCUCUGCUGCUUUGUGCCGUGUGCUGCAUGCCUCCUCUGCUGCUUUGUGCCGUGUGCUGCAUGCCUCCUCUGCUGCUUUGUGCCGUGUGCUGCAUGCCUCCUCUGCUGCUUUGUGCCGUGUGCUGCAUGCCUCCUCUGCUGCUUUGUGCCGUGUGCUGCAUGCCUCCUCUGCUGCUUUGUGCCGUGUGCUGCAUGCCUCCUCUGCUGCUUUGUGCCGUGUGCUGCAUGCCUCCUCUGCUGCUUUGUGCCGUGUGCUGCAUGCCUCCUCUGCUGCUUUGUGCCGUGUGCUGCAUGCCUCCUCUGCUGCUUUGUGCCGUGUGCUGCAUGCCUCCUCUGCUGCUUUGUGCCGUGUGCUGCAUGCCUCCUCUGCUGCUUUGUGCCGUGUGCUGCAUGCCUCCUCUGCUGCUUUGUGCCGUGUGCUGCAUGCCUCCUCUGCUGCUUUGUGCCGUGUGCUGCACGCCUCCUCUGCUGCGCAGAGCUCUCGGGCAAGAGGGGCAGGAGGCAGUGGGGGGGGCAGUGGGGGGGGCAGUGGGGGGGGCAGUGGGGGGGGGAGUGGGGCGGUGGGGUUCAGUGUGGCGCUGCACAAGCUCAUGGCGCCGUCACACCCAACCACCCACCACACUUCCAGGCAGGCAGCGGUGGAUGUGCUCGUGUGCGCCAGGGGAGGGGCAGGGAUGCUCAGCGAGCGGAUGGAAGUUUCUGCGCGGCUGUGGGCGGCAGGAAUCAAGGCGGAGUAUGUGAGUGUGCGGGCACCCAGCCUGACGGAGCAGUAUGAGCACGCACACGAGCACGGCAUCAAGUGGCUCGUGCUUCUCACCGAUGCCGGCCUGCACACCCACUCUGCCAAGGUACGGCAUCUAGAUUUGAAGACAGAGGAGGAAGUGAGCCUUGAUGAAUUGGUCAAGUUCUUCCUCGACGCCUUGCCGUCUCUACCCACUUCUCGCCGCCGCGGGGCCACAGCACCAUCUGCCCCAUUCUCCCUCUUUCCAUCACCCAGCCCCAUUCUCCCUCUUUCCAUCACCCAGCCCCAUUCUCCCUCUGUCCACCACCCCGCCCCAUUCUCCCGCUAUCCAUCACCCAGCCCAUUCUCCCGCUUUCCAUCACCCCGCCCCAUUCCCCCUCUUUCCAUCACCCUGCCCCAUUCUCCCGCUUUCCAUCACCCCGCCCCAUUCUCCCGCUUUCCAUCACCCCGCCCUAUUCUCCCGCUUUCCAUCACCCCGGUUCAUUCUCCCGCUUUCCAUCACCCCGCCCCAUUCUCCCUCUUUCCAUCAUCCCGCCCCAUUUUCCUUCUUUCCAUCACCCCGCCCCAUUCUCCCUCUUUCCAUCACCCCACCCCAUUCUCCCUCUUUCCAUCGCCCAGCCCCAUUCUCCCUCUUUCCAUCACCCAGCCCCAUUCUCCCUCUUUCCAUCACCCAGCCCCAUUCUCCCUCUUUCCAUCACCCCGCCCAUUCUCCCGCUAUCCAUCACCCAGCCCAUUCUCCCGCUUUCCAUCACCCCGCCCCAUUCCCCCUCUUUCCAUCACCCUGCCCCAUUCUCCCGCUUUCCAUCACCCCGCCCCAUUCUCCCGCUUUCCAUCACCCCGCCCCAUUCUCCCGCUUUCCAACACCCCGGUUCAUUCUCCCGCUUUCCAUCACCCCGCCCCAUUCUCGCUCUUUCCAUCACCCCGCCCCCUUCUCCCUCUUUCCAUCACCCCGCCCCAUUCUCCCUCUUUCCAUCACCCCGCCCCAUUCUCCCGCUUUCCAUCACCCCGCCCCAUUCUCCCUCUUUCCAGAACCCCGCCCCAUCCUCCCGCUUUCCAUCACCCCGCCCACCCAUUCUCCCUCUUUCCAUCACCCCCCCCCCCAUUCUCCCUCUUUCCAUCACCCCGCCCCAUUCUCCCGCUUUCCAUCACCCCGCCCCAUUCUCCCUCUUUCCAUCACCCCGCCCCAUUCUCCCUCUUUCCAUCACCCUGCCCCAUUCUCCCGCUUUCCAUCACCCCCAUUCUCCCUAUUACCAUCACCCCGCCCCAUUCUCCCGCUUUCCAUUAA